AAUGACCCCACAGAGGUUAAAUACCUGGGUUUCCUUGGUUUUUGUGGUCUUAAGGACCAGAUUAUUGCCUGAACCUCACUCAACCAGAUGUUGAACCUCCUCUGUAGUGUCUCUUCACUGUCAGAUAAAUCCUACUAUAGUGGUGACUUAAGCAAACUUCACUGCAGUGUUAGAGGAGUGGAUGGGGGUGCAGUCAUGUGUGAAGAGAAUGAAGAGGGCUUGACUAAACGCACAGCCCUGCUGUGCACCUGUGUUCAGGAUUAGGGUCGAAGAUGUGUGGUUGCCCAUUCUGACAUUUUGUGGUCUGUUAACGAAGAAGUGGCUAAUCCCAGGUUGUUGAGUUUGUCUACCAGUUUAUGGAAGAUUAUAGUAUUGAAAGGACUAAGAACCAAAGUCAAUGAAUAGCAUCCUGACAUAUGUGUUUGAAGUGCGAUUGAGACUGCAUCCUCUGUAGAUCUGUUUCCUCAAUAAGCAAUCUGGUAGCUGUCCUAAUCAGUGGGGAUGAUGGCCUUGAUGUGAGAAAUUACAAGCCUCUCAAAGCACUUCAUAACUGGUGUUAAGGCAACUGGGUGAUGGUCAUAAAGGCUUUUAACUGCUGUCUUUUUGGGUGGAUUUUAAGACAGGUGGGGACUAUAGUCUGUUUUAUGAAGAGGUUAAAGAUGGUGGUGAACACCCCUGCUAGUUGGUCAGCACAUGACUUCAGUGUGUGGCCUGUCACCUUGUCUGGUUCUGUUGCUUUGGUGAUCUCUACUUUCGUCAGAGUGGAUCUCACCUGGUGGCGCUGUAGGACGAGUACAUGCUCCACCUUGGGCGGUUUCAUAUGAGCUCUCACUCUGCUGAUGUCGGACACUUACCUGUGCAUGGCAUUUCCUGUGCCAACUAGUCGUGAUGCAUUUAUUGUGGACUUUAUACCUCAUGCCAGUAUGGACACAGUCCAUCACAUGCUGCUGUUUGGCUGCCAGACUCCAUUCUCCACUAGCAACUACUGGGACUGCGGCAGUGUACAGGGCACUUGUGAGGAUGAAGCCUCCAUUAUGUAUGCCUGGGCUCAGAAUGCACCACCCACUAAAUUACCCAAAGAUGUUGGCUUUAAAGUUGGAAGAAAUUCAGGCAUGUCCUACUUUGUACUGCAGAUCCAUUAUGGAGAUGUCAGUGCUUUCAGAGACCAUCAUAGAGAUUGCUCAGGACUUACCUUAAAAAUGACAUCCAAACCGCAGCCAUUCAUUGCUGGCAUAUACCUGCUCAUGUCUGUGGACACAGUUAUCCUUCCAGGAAAAAGAGUUACAAACGCAGACAUUGGCUGUGAUUACACUUCAUAUCCCUUCUACCCGUUUGCCUUCAGGACCCACACACACCACCUUGGGAAAGUGGUCAGCGGCUACAGGAUCCGAGAUGGGAAGUGGAGCCUGAUUGGGAGACAAUCUCCUCAGCUACCACAGGCUUUCUAUCCUGCUAACAAGGAAGUAAAUGUGAAGUAUGGUGACAUCAUUGCAGCCAGAUGUGUGUUUACUGGUGAGGGCAGAAUCUCCAAAACAUAUAUUGGUGGUACCUCCGAUGAUGAAAUGUGCAACUUCUAUAUAAUGUACUAUAUGGACAGCAAGCAUGCGAUCCCCUACAUGAACUGUAUGGAGACCGGCUCCAAAGAGCUAUUUGAGCAUAUUCCAGCUGAGGCCAAUGUUCCCAUUGCUAUCAGUCCAGGUCAUAUGAACUCAAUGAUGCAUAUGGGACACUCAACAGAUCAUCAAGAUAACAGAUCACUGAUGGAUACAAACAAAGGAGGGCAGGCUCUGGAUCAGGGUGACCUCUAUUCUCUUAUGUCCAAGCUGCUAGGACAAGAGAGCAAGGACAUAGUUCACAUUCAUAAAUACAACCCCAGCGAGAUGAAGAGAGUGAAGGCUGAGUUGGUGACUCAGAUUCAUAGCUCAAUGCAAGAGAAAGACCUGGGCUCUCCCAGUGCCAGACUAGCCUUCCAAAUAAGGAAGAAUCCUGUUUUGGUGAGGGACAGAGUCCACAAAUUCCAUCAGCUUGAAGCUACAGUCAAGCCGCCAAGAAGCAAGCUGCUAUCUGAAGGACAAGACUACCAUCUGGAGCAGGUCUCAGCGUGGCCACAGAGUUCUCUCCAGCUGGGUCAGGUAUCAGGACUUGCCCUUGACUCAGAUUCUAAUUUGGUAAUUUUCCACAGAGGUGACCACCACUGGGGGACAGACUCUUUUAACAGCCAGGCUAGAUACCAGCAGAGGUCCCUUGGUCCUAUUCAGCAGUCUACUAUUUUGGUUGUGAACCCCACCAAUGGCAACAUCCUGAAGGCUUCUGGCAGAAACUUGUUUUACUUGCCACAUGGAAUAACUACAGACAAGGAGAAUAAUUACUGGGUUACUGAUGUGGCUCUUCAUCAGGUGUUAAAAGUGAGCAGUGACGGCAGAGACAGAACCUUGCUGGCACUGGGAGAAGCUUUCACACCAGGAAGUGACAACAACCACUUCUGCCAGCCCACUGAUGUGGCUGUUGACACUGACACUGGGAACAUCUUUGUGUCUGAUGGCUACUGCAAUGCCAGGAUACUGAAGUUCUCUUCUGAUGGCAGAUACUUGUCUGAGUGGGGUGCAGGCUCAUCAGACAGGAGGAGGCGCAUACCAUUCCGGAUUCCCCACAGCCUGGUCUUCCUUCCUGAUAGACAGGAAGUGUGUGUGGCUGACAGGGAGAAUGGACGAAUCCAGUGCUUCAUAGCUGAAACUGGAGAGUUUGUCAAGGAAAUAAAGAAAGAGGAGUUUGGAGGGGAGGUGUUUGCCAUCACUUACAGUCCUGCCGGGGGCUUAAUCUUUGCAGUAAAUGGGAAAUCUCUGUAUGGCCAUUCAGCUCCACUCAGAGGGUUUGCAAUAAAUUAUUCAACCAAGGAUGUUUUGGAUACCUUCAUCCCAGAAAAAAAGGAGUUUGAAAUGCCUCAUGACAUAGUUGAAACCAGGGACGGCAGUGUCUUCGUUGGGGAUGCAGGCAGCAAAUCAGUCUUCAAGUUUACCACUGAGAAGGCACAUCGCUCUGUCAAGAAGGCUGGAAUCGAGGUUCAAGAACUUGAAGAAAUGGAGACCUUUGUCAAAACUAAGGUGAGGCCGGAGCCUAACAUGUCGAAGACAGCAGCCAUCCAACAGAAGCAAACUGUCUCUCAACAGUCUCAACCACAGGGAGAGGCAGAAGAGGAGAAGAAGAGUGGACCAAAGCCAAACAAAGAACAAGGUGUACUCCCAGCCAUCAUCACUACCCUUCUGCUCAUCCCUCUGUUGCUGGUCAUCUCCAUAGGAGUCUUUAUCUGCUGGAGGAAAAACAACCAACAUGAGGUGAAAACUGAAUCCAGCGCUGUGGGAGGGAUUUUGGGAAAAAUAAGAGGUAAAGCAGUGGGCAGUCUGAACCUUGGGAACUUCUUUGCGUCCCAUAAGGGUUACAGUCGUCAGGGCUUUGACCAGCUGAGUACUGAAGGCAGCGACCAGGAGAGGAAUGACGAGGAGAGCAGCGACUCAGAGAAUGAAGAAUACUCUGUUCUGCCACCUCCUCGAUCCUCCCCUUAGACGCUCAGGGGCUGGUCACCAACCUUCUGCUUACGUUGCCAGGAUGUAUGAGUGUAACUGUUGUGUUAGCUGCCAAUCUUAUUGUUUAUAUAUUUAAGUAUAUACUGUACAUAGAAAUUAUUUGGUAUGAUUAAGACAAUUUAUUUAAUCUUAAUUUAAUUUACCCGUGGUCUUGAAACAGCAUUGAUGACAGGAUGACACAUACACAAAGAUUUGUUUUCCCAAAAUCAAACUUCUCUGCCAAUGGGCAGAGAUAAUUCUACUUUUUAUUUCUUCCAUUUUUCCUUGUUUCAUGAGUUUUCUUUAAAUGAAAUUGAAAUGAAUGAAAUGAGGAACUGAGGAAAAUUCUAUGAAAUUCUUGGAAUGAAUUGUUUUGUCUUGGAAACAGGUAAAACAAAUCUAAACCUAUUCCUGGAUUUUUAUUUUAACUUGUAAGAAAAAAAGUUUUUGAAAAAACUGGGGGAAUUUCUAUGACUGAAAUGUGGUAUUUCACUGUUGGUCAGUUGAUGUUGUCAUUGGUUUGUACUCAAAGCAAACCUUUUGUUUUUUAAACCUUAAGGGCUCUAUUUUAGUGGCAGCGCUAAGACUAACACAAGCAAUGCUGCAACAGUUGGUAUUUUCCUUACUGUGACUUGCUUUGCCUAUCUGUUUGCCCGUCGCAGAGGUGGGAGAAGUGCAAACAAAUGGAAGCGCAAAGAGGGUUCUUUGAAUUUUGGGAGAAAUUGGGUCUUAGACCAUGCCUGUUUGUGGGGCAAAGUCAAUUCACUGCCAAUUUGUUGAUUCUGUCAACAAGAGCAAACUAAACACUUGGAGAUAAUGUGAAUCAAUAAUGAAACAAUCCCCAAAAUGCAAAAAAAAUCAUUUUAAUUAAAUACUCUCUGACAGGUAGAUGCAUAUAUGGCAUAAAAAACAUUUAAUGUGGUUGAAGCAGGAGCAUCAUUAAAUCAGUGCACAAUCAACAGAUGUAAGAUAUCCUCACCUGUACUUUACUGUUAGAAGUUAGAUAGCAUUAUCAUCUGUCCUGUUUCUGUAAACAAAUGUGUACUCAUUGUAACAUUAGAGCCUGCAGGAAACAAAUAGGCUGUACAUGUCUGCAUGUUUAGUGACAGAGAUGCCAAGACAAACUACAGCCUGCAUGUUUAACUGGGCAAUGCUGCUACGUCUAUUUGCUAGCAUUAGCAAUAGCUAUGUAGUGCUAAAACAUUACAGUUCUUAAGGUUACAACAUUAGCAGUACUACUGAGCGGGCAGCUUCUUGUCAGAUGGAAAUUCAUGAAAACAUAAAUUAGCCUUUUUCCGUUUGUUGUUAGAGCAGUUUGUAACCGUGCAGUGACAUUAGCGGCUCCAUCACACCAAUGACACAAGCUGUCAAUCACUUGUUAGGUGGCCUAUGGGCACUAAGCCCACCCCCACGUCAAAACAGGAUCAUCAGCGAGAAAAAAGAGCAAACUGAACUGAGAGCAAAACUGAGGACUGAGAGCAAACAAGGAAAAGACAUGUAAAAACACAGAAACAGUCCGAAUGGAAAUCAGUUACUUAAUACAAUAAUUAGAGAAUACAUGAUUACAUAAUUGCUGCUUUGGUUGCAAGUGUCUUAUUUCUUGUUUAUUUCUGGUUUUUACUUACAGGAUUUUUUGUAAGGUUUUGGGUACAUAUUCAGGAUUUAGAGAAUUUAUGUUUUUGAUUUAUGAUAUGUUUUUCAUGUUUACAUUCAGCUGACCUUGUUUAGACCCCAUACAGAUAUGUUGCAAAAUCUGCAACCUCUGAUUGUGCUGUACCAGAGCACAUAGCCAUUCAUUUUACACACAUUUAAGACUGCUCAGUUUUACUCGUUUGCAUUGUUGGUUGUAUUCUCACUGUUGAUGAGGGAGACACCGGAUUAUCAGGACUCAUCAAUUCUAUGUGCCAUUAACAUCAUUUCCAACCUUAGAUACAGCAUAAUUAUGUCUGAAAUAGCACUGGACUGAUGUGAUCAUAUAAACUGAUUGACCAAUUUUUUUAUAUUACUUCUUUCUAUUGUUACUGUAGUAAUUAUCUAAACACCCCCACCAUCUGCCUCUGCUCCAUUCAGACAAAACUAGGAUUUCCUGAAAUAGGCAUGUCUCCAUUUGUUGAGCUAAUGUUGUCAUACUUCACUGUGAUUGGCUUAGGUGUUUCAGAGCUAUGAUACCAGAGAGGUGACUGGCUGAGAGUGUAUUUAUUAAUCACCACAGCCUCUGAUCUAUAUCCUUCUUCAUCUGCACUUUGCACUGCUGCACAUACAUGAACCAAAUAGUGGGUGUGCUUGGCCCCCGCAUAGUCUGUGAACUACCACUUUGCGCUGGUCGCUGUGCUUGCGCCAUCAAAAUAGGGUCCUAAGAAAAAAACAGGAAAUUGCUGUUGUCACCUGUUUAGCAAUUGACUGUUUGUUUUGAUUUUCAGCAUUUUGAUUCUGUUAAGCCUGGUUUUAACUUGGAUUUUGGGACACCAGAAGGAGACUUAAACUGAUUUUCAUUAGAUUUCAAUAUCAGAGUAAGAAUCAAAUUAAUCAAUGUUGCGAUUUUAUUGGGAUUUUAAGAAUGAGUAGUUUAACAGCACUAAUAUGCAGUAUACAGUCACCAAACACUUUUUGUCGACAUUGUGAGAAAGGUGAUAAUUCUUUGAGUGCAUUAUAUUAAAAAGUGUUCCUAAUAUUUUGCUGCACUCAUGUUUAUUAAUGGAGUGGACAAAUUUAGUGCUUGGUGAGUGUAUAUACAGUUUAAUUUUACUGGAAAAGUGCAUCCAUACUUGCAUAGAUCAAUUCCAUGUAAUGAUGUUAAACACAUAGCAUUAUUUCAACAUAAAUGUUUGGUCCAUGUUUCAGAUCAGUAACAUUUCACUUGUAAUUGUGUGCCUUUAUUUUGCCUUUCUUCAGCACAUGCCAUUACAAUAUGUACAAAGGGAUGAAAACAGCUGCUGUUAAUAGAGCUGCUACUAUAUAGAUUUUUUUUUCCUCCAUUCAAGUCAACAGGAAAAGUAUAUAAUACAUAUAUGUCUGUAUUUUUAUGUUUGUGUGUGCACUGUCAAUCAAACAUUGUUCAACAGCCAGGUCUCAAGCACUGUACCCAUUAAUACAUCAAACUCACUAUAAAUUCAAAUGGUUUGCUGUGAAUUGCAAGUAUACAAUUUUUAGCCAGUGGGAUAGAACAUGCAAAACAGCUGGUAUGGUCCUUUAAAUGUUUGUCUUCAUUAGGGCUGUCCCUAAGUGCAUCUCUGCAUUUGAAUGAAUCUUUAUCGGUGAUCUAAUCAUUUGUGUAUUGUGAACUAGGAUCGUCCCAGUCAUGUUUUCUCAACCCUCAUCCCAACCUGACUAUGAGUAUCUGAGUAUGAUCUGAUACUUUCAACUGAAAGACAUGGCUGUCCAGUGUAGACUCAAGCUACAACCUGAAAAUGAGAUAAUAUAGAUCUUUGAAUAAUUAAAUGCAUAUAUGGCACAUUAAAAUAAUAGAUGUAGCCUAAAUUUACCACGCCUUAUUUUUUACAAGCUUCUCAAUCCGAAUACUGGGAGUAUUAUACAUAGUUCCAAACUAUUAAAUUGAUCAGACCUCCUGAAAUUAACUUGAUGAGAGGAGACAUAUCUGUUGGAAUUUUUUAGUACAUACUGUACCCACACUUGCUGCAUGCCCAAUUGUACAGUGAUGUUACAGAGUGGAUGGUUCCUCCUCCACAGCAAUCUUUGGCUAAAAGUGAAAAGUUGCUCAGUGAAUGUUUUGUACAUUGUUCUUUGCAAAUAAGCAAGAGAGAGGAUAUCCUUAUUGUGGACCAUUGUGCACAGGUACAACAGCUCUCAAAGUCCCAUUCCAUUUCUGUCCUUACAACUUAGCACAAUGCUUGAGACUUAUGUUAUGAAUUGUAAUUCAUGAAUUGAAAUGAAUGAAUGGAAAAAUGAGAAUAUGAAAGUCUGAGAAUAGUGAUUCAGUGAAAUCUGGUGGCACCAAUGCAGUGCUCGAGUAGCUUGAAAAACAGUGCAACACUUAAUGUCACAUCAAUAAAGACACCUCAUAAAAAUACAAAGAGGAAACACAAAGAUUGUGGGAUGAAGUGUGUUGUUCAUCCUUUCAGAAUAUUCUGAAUUUUCAUUCCGUAUUCUCUGGUUUUAUUACAUUUAUUCGCUAUAGUUUCAUCCAGUGUUCUCAGACCUUCAUCAAAUAUAUCUUCUGUUCUGUUUCUGUCCAUAUUCUUAAGUUGCCAUAAAGUUUGAAUGAUUUAAAUGGAUGAUUUACUCAAUGGCAUGCCAUAGAAAUAGCUUUUCUGAUGUUAGAGUCACAUGUGGGCUAUCUGAUAUUUAUUGUGACACACUGGUUUUGCUGCAAAAGUACUAUUUUCAGUAACAAUGUUAUUUGUGUAAUAAAGUGUCUGCAAAGCA